ACGUCGUCGAUUUGACAGGUCAGGUCAGAGUCCAACUUUUAUGAAGUUUAUAGCAACUUUUAGGGCAUUAUUAUAGUAUUUUUAGUUACUUUACAUCGUUCCAGAGUCAUCCCAAGUUAGCUGUGAUAUCCCGUAGGAGUCCACUCAGCCAUGGCAUCCCACAUAGCGAAAACUUUGUUGAAAACUUCACAUGCCAGCUCGACGAUCAAAUUUGAUACUGCCAGGCGUGCCCUGAGUGUUGGAGCAGCGUUACAGCAAAAGAAGACUCUCAAAGACCGCACGGGCAAAAAUGUUGUGCUUGUGGAUGGCGUCCGCACCCCCUUCCUCGUCUCCUUCACCGACUACUCCAAGAUGAUGCCCCAUGAGCUUGCAAGACAUGCCCUCUUGGGUCUCUUGCAAAAGACCGGCAUAGACAAGGAGUUGAUUGACUACAUCAUCUACGGCACGGUCAUCCAGGAGGUGAAGACAUCCAACAUUGGCCGCGAGGCGGCGCUAGCGGCAGGCUUCAGCGACCGCACGCCCGCCCACACCGUCACCAUGGCCUGUAUCUCCUCCAACCAGGCUAUCACUACUGGUAUCGGUAUGAUCGCGGCCGGCGCCUAUGACAUCAUCGUCGCCGGCGGCGUCGAGUUCAUGUCGGACGUGCCCAUCCGGCACUCGCGCAAGAUGCGCUCCCUGCUGCUGCGCGUCAACCGGGCCAAGACCCCCGCGCAGCGCCUGUCGCUGCUCGCCUCCAUCCGGCCGGACUUCUUCGCGCCCGAGCUCCCCGCCGUGGCCGAGUUCUCGUCCGGAGAGACCAUGGGUCACAGCGCGGACCGGCUGGCGGCCGCAUUCGGCGCCACCCGCCAGGAGCAAGACGACUACGCCCUGCGGUCCCACAAGGCCGCCGCCGACGCGCAGGCCAAGGGAUACUUCACCGAUCUCAUCCCUGUGAAGGUGGACGGUAAGGACGGCCUGGUAGACAAGGACAACGGUAUCCGCGUGUCCACUCCCGAGCAGCUCGCCAAGCUGAAGCCGGCCUUCAUCAAGCCGCACGGCACCGUCACCGCCGCCAACGCCUCCUUCCUGACUGACGGCGCCUCGGCGUGCCUGGUGAUGCCGGAGGCCAAGGCCAAGGAGCUCGGCUUUAAGCCCAAGGCUUAUCUGAGGGACUUCACUUACGUCGCUCAGGAUCCCGUGGACCAGCUGCUCCUGGGGCCCGCGUACGGCAUCCCCAAGAUCCUGGAAAAAGCCGGCCUCACCAUGAAGGACGUAGACUCCUGGGAGAUCCACGAGGCAUUCGCUGGUCAAAUCUUGGCCAACUUGAAGGCGAUGGACUCUGACUGGUUCGGUCAGACCUAUCUGAAGAGGCAGGGCAAGGUGGGCUCGCCUGACAUGUCCAAGUGGAACAGCUGGGGAGGCUCUCUGUCCAUCGGACACCCCUUCGCUGCCACCGGUGUCCGCUUGGCGAUGCACACAGCCAACCGGCUGGUGCGCGAGGACGGGCAGAUCGGCGUCAUCAGCGCGUGCGCCGCCGGCGGCCAGGGCGUCGCCAUGAUCCUCGAGAGGCACCCCGACGCCACCGCCGACUAGGCGACCCCACUCCGCGCCACACGCAGCGUCACAUUGCACCAACAUGGGCCCGUUUAUCAAAAGCAUGGUAUAAUAAUAUACUCCGCCUGGUGCUCUCUUCCGACCACGUGACUGACACAAGCCUACGUCAAUAUAUAAAGUGGCAAUGUUAUUGUGACGUAGGCUUGUGUCACUCUGGGAAGAGAAGACCAUGUUUUAUUAGUAUUAGACUAUGCAUUGUAAUACAAGUGGAAGUCCCUUUCUAACAAAAGCUGUCAAAAAGUGGCAUCCGCUUGUAUUACUAGUUACAAGCUUUUGAGAAACGUGUCCCAGGUCUAUUCACAAGAACUGCCGCGAAUGGAACGAAUCAGUGAAUGAAAAUAUCUGUACGUAUCACGUUAACCAAUAAAAUGGCGGCUCUGACUGUAUACCGAUACGUGUCACUCGCACAAUGAAAGUUUCGUUCAUUCCAUUCGUGAAAGGAUCUGUACGUGACGCUGUACGACGCGUCCAGAGGACUGACAACUGUUGCGAUUACAAAUAUGUAGGCUGAAAAUAACCAUGUUGUGAAACAACGGGAAAACUGCGGUUGAUAUACAAAUAUGGUAUCACCAAGUAUCACUACAAUGUCUAAUAGAAGACUUAGUUUAGCAAAAAGGAUACAUCCUCAAAACUUUGGUAUUUAAAUGAAUGACUGGGUUAUUCGCGGACGGUCUAGAACGCAAAAUGACUAGUGUAACAUUUUGCCUAUAUCGCUCUUAGUCUACAUCGCGAACGGUCCAGUACGCAAAAUGCCUACAUCAUUUUCCGUCGUUUUAUCUUUACGUUAGCGAUGUCGACGGAGCCCCGCUGCCGCGGGGCUCCUAUUCUGUGCGGUUUGGCCUUCGGCCAUUUGAAGAUAACUAACGAACCUAACCUACCUGUGAGAUAUAAAAAAGUGGUCAUUUUGCGUUCUAGAGUCUAGAACGCAAAAUGACAAUCUAGACCGUUCGCGAUGUAGACUAAAAGCGAUAUAGGCACAAUGUUACACUAGUCAUUUUGCGUUAUGUACGUUAUGACAGACAGUUAAAAUUUAAUUGAUAAACUUUUAUGGGUUGGAUCGUUUUCCCUAAAUUAUGUCUAAUUAUUAUGAUACGUUAUGAACUGUUAGAAAUGAACGAAGGUCACGUUACCCAGUGUUUUUUUUACUGAAUACUAAGUCGACAUCCAUUAUGCAACGUUUUACAUGAAAAUAGACACAUACUCCACGUGUGUUAUGACUUAACCGUAGCGCGAAGUAACAAUUACAAAUGCCUAUAAAAUGUAAUACCGAUGUCAGUCCUUUAAAAGAAAUAUGGACAUAAUCCAUGGCCUUAGAAAUAGUUUUCUUUUCUGACUGUUCUGCAAAUAAUAAAAAUCUCUUCCGGCUUAGGAAAAACCACUGCCUAAAAGAACGUGUCAUUUUAUUUAGGCAAGUAAAUAAUUUCAAUCUUAAGCGUUGUGCGGCGUUAAGCUAAUAGUCCCAAAAAUAAGCCUAAAAUAUAGAAAAGCUACGAGUAUGACGGUUACGUAUGUAAUCUUCGUCACUCUCUGAAUAUAUUUUAUUUCAAAAGAAACUCAAUCAUUGAGACCUAUUGGUUUGUAAUCAUUAUUUUACAAAAAACAAUAAAAUACGCCUUUCAAUUUCAUAAAGUCACGUCAAAACUAAGAAGUAUGUGCAUGUUUGUGUAGUUAUUCUUAAUAAGAACAGAAUUGUAAUCUAAAUUAAUAUUUUGUAAGAUUUACCUAUUUAUUACAUGAUAGGGUAAGUGUAAUACAAUGACAAAGAGAUGUUCUAAGCAUGUCCUACAUUUAAUUGGUUGGUAAGAAAUGUGUAUGUAAUCAAUUAUUUUAUUAAAGAAUGUUAGUAAAA